AUCAUUUUAUAUGGAUGGUUGGAAAUUCGGUAACUGACCAAUAUCAAUAGUCAACUACCAAUGAUCGGCUAUAGAAAUGUGUUCCUGUAACCUCUUGUACAACUGACCAUUCAAACAAGUAGCAGCCAUUUCAAUACAAAAAAGAAACAUCAAUGAAACACCACCAGAUUCAUUAUACAUGCAAAAUCCCAAAUUCCCGGAAAAACAAAAAUGUUUCUCAAAGCUUUGCUUGUGUUCUUCCUCCUCCUCUUUCCCUUUUGCUCAUCCAUUGACACCAUAGCACUGAACCAACUUGUGAAAGAUGGUGACUUUAUAGUGUCCAAAGAAAACAACUUUGAAUUAGGCUUCUUCAGCCCCGGCAAUUCGAGCUUUCGCUAUGUUGGGAUUUGGUAUGCUAAUAAGUCUGAAAAGGCAGUGGUUUGGGUUGCAAACAGAAACAACCCCAUCAAUGAUACCUCUGGUGUUCUCACAAUCAACAGGUACGGAAAAUUGGUUCUUUAUGCUCACAAUAUUGACAACGUUUCUAUUUGGUCAACAAAUGUGUCGGUCGAAACCACAAGCACUCGUGUAGCUCAGCUUUUAGAUACAGGCAAUUUACUGCUUUUCCCGGAUAGUAUUAGUAAAAGUGAAAGCUUUAUAUGGCAGAGUUUUGAUUACCCUACAGAUACUCUACUUUCCGGAAUGAAAGUUGGGUUGAAUUGGAAAACUGGGAUGGAAUGGAUCAUAACAUCUUGGAAGUCCCAAAAUGACCCUGGAAUGGGGAACUAUAGCUUGAGGCUCAAUUCCAAUCAGACUGCUACGCCUGAAUAUUUUUUGUACAAGGGUUUGACCAAAUAUUGGAGAAUGGAUCCAGGGCCAAGGCCCAUUUUUGUGACGGAUAAUGAAGAAAUGUACUAUUCCUUUUCGUCUGAUAACACCUCAGUAGUUAGAUCGGUGGUGACGGAUUAUGGGGUUAAUCAACAACUGCUAUGGAGUGAGGCUACUAAUAAAUGGGAGGAGCUCUGGGCUGCACCAAAAUACCGGUGUGACCCAUAUGGCCACUGUGGUGCCAACAGCAAAUGUAGCCCUGACAAUAUUAAUAGGUUUGAGUGUGACUGCCUACCAGGGUAUGAACCAAAAUCUCAAAAUGCUUGGAAUGGGAGAGAUGGGUCAGAUGGGUGUGUGAGUAAGCGAGUGGGGGUGUCAAAGUGUGGGAAUGGGGAAGGGUUUGUGAAGGUGGCACGGGUGAAAGAGCCAGACACAUCGGAAGCAACACAAUUGUUAGCAAGUAUCAGUGCCAAUGAGUGUGAGCAGGUGUGCUUACGCAAUUGUUCCUGCACGGCAUAUAUACACAUAGAAUGGGACGAUCGCAAUGAUUGCUUGGUAUGGUACGGUGAGUUGCUGGACAUUUUAGUCCGCUCAGAGCUAGGACAAGAUCUAUAUGUUCGGGUGGACAAAAUGGAAUUAGCUGAUAAUACCAGGAAAUCGAAAGGUUUUCUCAAAAGGAGGGGUUUGCUGGCUAUUGCAAUAGUGGCUGUGCUUCUCGCAUUCGUACUAAUCAUUGUGUUUGUGUACUGGUGGCUGAAGAGAAAGACGACGAUAAAAGACUUUGUGGAGGCGGAUGAACUUGAGGAAACUAGGAGACACCCAGAGCUGCAAUUUUUCCAUCUGAACGCAAUAAUAGUAGCCACAGACAACUUCUCUCCUGUCAAUAAACUUGGCCAAGGUGGUUUUGGCACUGUUUAUAAAGGUCUGUUAGCAAAUGAUCAGAAGAUUGCUGUAAAAAGAUUGUCCAAAACUUCAGGACAAGGAAUUGAAGAAUUCAAAAAUGAAGUUGCUCUGAUAGCUAGACUUCAACACAGAAAUCUUGUGAAACUUUUGGGCUGUUGUAUAAAGGGAGAAGAAAGGAUGUUAGUUCUGGAACACUUGCCAAACAAAAGCUUGGACUCCAUUCUUUUUGAUCACGCUAAAAGAUCCUUGUUGGAUUGGAAAAAGCGGUUUGAAAUUAUCAAUGGGGUUGCUCGUGGGAUUCUGUAUCUUCACCAGGACUCAAGACUUAGGAUAAUCCAUAGGGAUCUAAAAACCAGUAAUGUUCUUCUAGAUGCUGAGAUGAACCCAAAAGUUUCAGAUUUUGGCAUGGCAAGAAUAUUCCAUGGGGACAAACUGCAGGAUAAGACCAAUAGAGUUGUUGGAACAUAUGGCUAUAUGUCACCAGAGUAUGCAGUGUUCGGGAGAUAUUCAACGAAAUCAGAUGUCUUUAGUUUUGGGAUCAUAUUGUUAGAGAUUGUAAGCGGCAAGAAAAACAGCUGUUCUUAUCAGCAGGAUGAAUCGCUAAACUUGAUAGGACAUGUUUGGCAGCUGUGGAGAGAAGAUAGAGCCUUAGAAAUUGUGGAUUCAUCUGUAGCGUCAUAUGUGCCUGAUGAAGUCAUGAGAUGCAUUCAAGUUGGUCUCUUGUGUGUGCAAGAAGAUCCAAAGGACCGACCAAGCAUGUCAACUGUUGUCUUCAUGUUGAGUGGUGAAGCAUCUCCUCCAUCUCCUAAGCAGCCUGCAUUUGUCUUCAGAAAAAGUUCCGGCAAUGAUGCUGCUGAUCCAUCAAUUCCAAAAGGAUCAGAUUCGUCUAUUAACGACUUGACAAUAACUAAACUUGAAUCUCGAAAACACCAACCGAUUCAUUGUACAUGGAAACUCCAAAAAUUCCCAGAAAACAAAAUGCUUUUCAAAGCUUUGCUUGUGUUCUUCCUCCUCCUCUUCCCAUUUUGCACAUCCAUUGACACCAUUGCACUGAACCAGCGUGUGAAAGAUGGUGACUUUAUAGUGUCCAAAGAAAACAACUUUGAAUUAGGCUUCUUCAGCCCCGGCAAUUCGAGCUCUCGCUAUGUUGGAAUUUGGUAUGCUAAUAAGUCUGAAAAGGCAGUGGUUUGGGUUGCAAACAGAAACAACCCCAUCAAUGAUACCUCUGGCGUCCUCACCAUCAACAGGUAUGGAAAUUUGGUUAUUUAUGCGCACGAUAUUGACAGCUUUUCUAUUUGGUCCGCAAAUGUGUCUCUUCAAACCACAAGCACUUCUGUAGCUCAGCUUUUAGAUACAGGAAAUUUAGUGCUUUUCCCGGAUAGUAUUAGUAAAAGUGAAAGCAUUAUAUGGCAGAGUUUUGAUUAUCCUACAGAUACUCUACUUCCCGGAAUGAAAGUUGGGUUGAAUUGGAAAACUGGGUUGGAAUGGGUCUUAACAUCUUGGAAGUCCCAAAAUGACCCUGGAACUGGUAACUAUAGCUUAAGGCUCUAUUCAAACCAGACUACUACGCCCCAAAUUUUUCUGUACAAGGGUUUGACCAAAUAUUGGAGAAGUGAUCCAGGGCCAUGGCCCAGUUUUGUGAGUAAUAAUGAAGAAAUGUGUUAUUUACUUUUAACUGAUAACACCUCUGUAAUUAGAUCCUUGUUGACGGAUCAUGGGAUACUACAACAACUGAGAUGGAAUGAUGCGGUUAAUCAAUGGGAGGAACUCUUUGCUGCCCCAAAAUAUCGGUGUGACCGAUAUGGACAUUGUGGUGCCAACAGCAAAUGUAGCCCUGACAAUAUUAAUAUCUUUGAAUGUGAGUGCCUACCGAGGUAUGAACCAAAAUCUUUGAAUGAUUGGAACCGGAGAGAUGGGUCAGAGGGGUGUGUGAGUAAGCGAAUUGGGGUGCCAAAAUGUGGGAGUGGGGAUGGGUUUGUGAAGGUGGCACGGGUGAAAGAUCCAGACACAUCGAAAGCAACACAAUUGUUGACAAGUACUAGUGCCAAUGAGUGUGAGCGGGUGUGCUUAAGCAAUUGUUCCUGCACGGCAUAUAUGAGCAUAGAACGGGAAGGUCGCAUUGAUUGCUUGGCAUGGUACGGUGAGUUGUGGGACAUUUUAUUACACACGGAGCUAGGGCGAGAUCUAUAUGUUCGUGUGGACAAAAUGGAAUUAGCUGAUAAUACCAGAAAAUCGAAAGGUUUUCUCAAAAGGAGGGGUUUGCUGGCUAUUGCAAUAGUGGCUGUGCUUCUCGCAUUCGUACUAAUCAUUGUGUUUGUGUAUUGGUGGCUGAAGAGAAAGAGGACGAUAAAAGACUUUGUGGAGGCGGAUGAACUUGAGGAAACUAGGAGACACCCAGAGCUGCAAUUUUUCCAUCUGAGCGCAAUAAUAGUAGCCACAGACCACUUCUCUCCUGUCAAUAAACUUGGCCAAGGUGGUUUUGGCACUGUUUAUAAGGGUCUGUUAGCAAAUGAUCAGAAGAUUGCUGUAAAAAGAUUGUCCAAAACUUCAGGACAAGGAAUUGAAGAAUUCAAAAAUGAAGUUGCUCUGAUAGCUAGACUUCAACACAGAAAUCUUGUGAAACUUUUAGGCUGUUGUAUAAAGGGAGAAGAAAGGAUGUUAGUCCUGGAAUACUUGCCGAACAAAAGCUUGGACUCCUUUCUUUUUGAUCACACAAGACGUUCCUUGUUGGAUUGGAAAAAGCGCUCUGAAAUUAUCAAUGGGGUUGCUCGUGGGAUUCUGUAUCUUCACCAGGAUUCAAGACUUAGGAUUAUUCAUAGGGAUCUAAAAACCAGCAAUGUUCUUCUAGAUGCUGAGAUGAACCCAAAAAUAUCAGAUUUUGGCAUGGCAAGAAUAUUCCAUGGGGACCAACUGCAGGAUAAAACCGACAGAGUUGUUGGAACAUAUGGAUAUAUGUCACCUGAGUAUGCAGUGUUUGGAAGAUAUUCAACCAAAUCAGAUGUCUUUAGUUUUGGGAUCAUAUUAUUGGAGAUUGUGAGUGGCAAAAAAAACAAUGGCUCUUAUCAAGAGGAACAUUCCAUGAACUUGAUAGGACAUGUUUGGCAGCUGUGGAGAGAAGAUAGAGCCUUAGAAAUUGUGGAUUCAUCACUAGAGUCAUAUCAUUCUGACGAAGUCAUGAGAUGCAUUCAAGUCGGGCUCUUGUGCGUGCAAGAAGACGCAGAGGACCGACCAACCAUGUCAGCCGUUGUAUUAAUGUUGAGUGGUGAAGCAUCUCUACCAUCUCCUCAGCAGCCUGCAUUUGUCUUCAGAAAAAGUUCCUGCGGUGGUGGUUAUCUAUCAAGUCCACAAGGAUUAUAUUCUGUUAACGACUUGACAAUGACUAAACUUGUAGCUCGAUAAGGAUUCAGGCUGUUGCUUCCACAAUUAUCAAAAUGUUAUUUCUUUUAUUGACCUUCAUGUGACAUUUCGGCACUGCAUAAUGUGCCCAUCACCUUAAUACAAAUUUAUAAUCUA